CAAACACUAAAGUUUUCUCGGGCAGUUUUUUUUUUGUCAUCCUGUCGGUUGUGGAAAUGGAGACCGUAUGAAGAGAAUACGUUUCAGUACCCAUUUAACACACCACAUUAUAUAUGCCUCUAAACAACUACUUUGAAAAGCCACAUCACCUUCAAAUGCAAUGUAAAAUACGGGAAUUAAAACCACAGGAACUGAACACAAGCUGCAUUAUUGGACUCCUCAUCUCGUUACCUGUCAAGUCUUGUUACCUGGCAACUGAAAACAACUGGUUGGACUAGGUUUUGGCCUCCUGGCCACCAAGUCUGUCCAUGUUGACCACCCAGGAAGAGGUUUAAAGAUUCUGCUGGAUUUCAACUUACCUGCAGUACAUGUAGUGGAGAAGAAAACAUCAGACUUCUACAAGCCAGAGAUAACUGUUCCAGUAUAGUCUAAUUUUGGGCUUGAUUUGAAUACCUGGCUAUCCAGACUGCAUUGGCCAGAUACAGUCAUGCAGCUAGAGGUAAAGGUAGCACUGAAUUUCAUUGUGUCCUACCUGUACAACAAACUGCCCCGUCGUCGUGCUGACCUCUUCGGGGAGGAGUUGGAGCGGAUACUGUUGUCGCGCUAUGAAGGCCACUGGUACCCUGAAGCUCCUCUGCGGGGCUCUGCCUUUCGCUGCCUGCACCUAGGGGCCCCCAGGGACCCAGUGGUGGAGCUAGCUGCCAGGAGAAGUGGACUGGACACAGAGGAAGUGCGUGCCAAUGUACCCCCUGAGCUGAGUGUGUGGAUCGACCCCUAUGAGGUGUCCUACCAAAUCGGGGAGAAUGGAGCCGUUAAGGUCCUGUACUUGGAGGAUUCAUCUGGCUUAGGUGGGGAAGGCGAAAUGGUGGAAGUAGUAAGUGGAGUGAGUAAAGGGGACAUGGAGGUAGAGGAGGCCAAGAGCUUAGGUUUCAACCCUGAGGCCCAGGUGUUUGUUCCAAUUGGAGCCCAGAUAUCUCCAGUUCUGCUUCCUUCCCUCUCCAGCUCACCCACACCUCUCUCGGCCUCAUCCUGCCCAGUGAUUUUCAGCUAUCCCAGCUCCAGCACACCCACAAACCCAACGGCCCACUCUAACACAUCCACACCUUCCCCUCCAAGUGGGGCACUCCCUUACCUCCCCUCUCAACAGCCAACGACUGCACUGCCCAGCACCCGUCUACCGCUGCAGCCCAUCACCUUCACCACGGCCAGUUUUGCCGCCACAAAAUUUGGCUCCACUAAGAUGAAGAAGUGUGGCAGUUCCGGAUCGGCUGGCGGCUCGAGUGUAGGUGUGCCCCCGCCACAGAGGAUGCUCGCCCGUUCCCCUACCAACAUCUCUCCCCCAGGGCUGCUGAAACACAAGCCCCUCUCAGUCUCCCUGCACUCCCUGGGGGCUCAGAUCCCCAGCCAGCUCUCCCCUAAUGCCAAAGAGUUUGUUUACCCGGCAUCCCCAGGGCCCCUAUACUUUGACAACGAUGCUCCACCCAUACUACCGCACUCAAGCCCCUUCCAGCUCCCUCACCCUGCCCACUCCCACCCCUCAUUUGAGCCAUUCUCCAGCCCCCCACCUGGUCCAGCUGUUGGCAUCAUUGGUGGUAGCGGUGGGAUUUCUUACAUUGAGAAGCCCUCAUUUGUGGAGGGUAUAGGGGGGUAUAACCUGCAAUAUCCCAGCCAGGCCUUCCAGCCGGUAGUGCUGGCCAACUAAGCCUUUCUUAUGAGUAUUUCUGUUGCAGCAGUAGGGCAGUAAAGUAUUUUUUUUGAAAAUUGUUCUUACUGAUACUACAGCGUAGAAUUCGUUUUAUUACUACUACAACCUCCACUAUAUAUUUCAAUAUGAUUAUUUCCAUAUCAUUCAUUUUUUUUGUGGAAUUUGAUUUCAGUUUCUCUAACCAGAGGAGUAACCAGCCUCCUAUUGCACAUGCAUCAUUUUCAUUGAAUGUUCAGCAGAGUAAAAUGCCCUUCAGCUUUGGUCUAUUAACAGCAGUAUGGUAGUUAUGCUGUGAAAAAGGACCAAUGUCCUGUAAGAUGGCUUUGGAAAGCUUAGCGCUUUGCAAUCUGCUCGGCCUUAGUUACCAAAGAUGCACAGAGGGGUUUGUGCAGGUUUGGUGAUGUCUUAUUCAUGCUAACAAGUGUUAAAUGUGCUCUUCUGUGGCUUAUGGUCAUUGUGAAUAGAGUGUGUCUGUUACUAGAGCCUUGAAACAUGUCUGAAUUGGUUUGGCGUGAGGUAUCAGUAUUUGCCAUUCAUCAGCUCUGAAAUCUGGUCAUGGACUUGCUUAGAAAGGGAGCCUGUGUGUAGUGUCUUGGGAAAAGGGAGGGUUUAAUGUGCAGGGUAUGAGGAAAUGUAUCUGUCAUGACAGGAAGAAUUACUGCCAGGGAGGUCAGCGAACCUUGGUGAAUGUGAGGCAAGUUGAUCUUUGUCUUCGGAUAUAAUGAUGUACUAAUCUCACACAGACACACACAGACCGGAUCUGUCAGCAGUGUGUGAAGGUGAACGGGCGUUGUUGGAGGGGAAUAGGAUGCUGCUAAGCAAUGGGGAUUGUGAUGAAUGGCUUAGCGUGAAUAUGAAGGAGAGGUCUUACUCUGCAGGGAAAGGAGGACGGAGAGGGAGUAAGGAGAGGAAAAAGGGAUGGCAAGGCAGGGGCAUCGAUGGCAUUUUAACACUUUUUUGGCAUCUUGGGUGCAAUGGCUUUAGACUGAUACUUUAAAACCCGGAGCACGUUUCUGUAGAACUUUAGUGGCGUUGCAACCAAAGGCCCACGCUAGGUCCCCUGCUCUUUAAUCCCUUAAUUAUCUCUGUUCCAGUUGCUGCUCCAGUGGGAGACCAGCAUCAUAUAAUGAAAGCUGUUUUCCUUUUCAAUUACCAGGACUAUGAAUGUUAACUAAACCUGUGUUUUUGUCACUUUAUGAUGCCAUGUCAGAUCAUUCUCAUGUAGGUGUUGGUGAUACCCUGACUCCAUAUAGGUAAUCGAGGGGGCAGUAAUUGUCAUCAGGGUUCAGGCAGCCCACACCUUUCCUUUUGAGCCAUCCAGCACUUUAUAUUAUUGGGCUAUAGAUGCCAUGUGACACCCCCCAGUCAUGUAAGGCGCUAAACAUGAUUUUUUUUCUUCUUAUUGGCCCAUUAUGUUCCAGCUGCAUCUGCUAAGAAAUGUUGGUUCUGUUCCAAUGAGAUUUGUAUUUGGAUAGAAGGGGGAGUGUCCCUAUCCAUCUGAAUGUUUUCUAGAUUGUGCCAUGUUAACAUCUGUGUAUAAGCUAACAUAAGUACACUGGUAUUUGCUGUGAUUGUCGGUCAUAUGCGUGUCAUUCAAACUGUUUAUUUAUCUUUCCGUCCAGGGGUUGGGAGGGGAGGAUCUCAUUAUAAAUGUAAUGGUUGUGAGAGAAGGGGUCAUUUUUACAUUUGUAAUUUAUUUUAAAUUUUCUAUAUUUUUCCUAUGUUUUUUUCAAAAGUAAUUAAGUACAUUUGAAAAGUUGAGAGAGCGAGAUGUUAUAACAGUAGGAAUAUGUAUAUAUUAUGUUCAGGUUUCCUUUGUUUAAUUAUGUGGUGAAGUUAUUUUUACAAAAAUAACUAAAUAUAUAUGCAAGUUGGGAAUAAAAAUAAAGAUGUAUAAAAUAAAGUAUUGAAUGUGGAUUGUACCUUGUACAGAAUUUGUCCAAUAAAAGACGGGUAAAUGUAAUUUGUUAAAUUGGGGUUUUGAAGAGCUUCAGAGAUGAAUGUUUACAAUGGGUGGAGAGUCUGACAGCAUCAUUUUCAGUCUGUUUCUAAGGGCAGUCUGAUAACUUGUGUAAGAUUUCUGUUCCUUCAUAGUUCUUACACUUAAACCAAAAUCUCCACAUUUAAACCAAAUCCCCUUAGUAGUGCUCAUAUGUUACUAAUUUUGUCCCUUAUUCAUUCAUAUUCCAUCUACAUAUUGUCCAGUGCCAUACAUCUUUGCUUUAUACCACUAACCUUAUUUGUGUGCCUGAACAGUCCUACUGUGACUGAAUUGGCUGCCGAUUUCAUUCUCACACAAAGACUGAGGGAAAGCAAAAAACCCUUGAUGAUAAUCCUUGAAGAGUAUUCACCUCACAUCCAUUUUGUGGUAACAUUCCCCUGCUCCCGCUACUAUAGCCAUAACUAAGACUGUCUUUACUCACACAGACACUGACCCUGGUCCAGUGCAAUGUGUAACUAACGUCAUAUUUUAGACCACAAAUAUUCUAAUACAUUUCUUCAAGUCAAGAGUUUCAAGUAGGUUUAGGAGGAGGAUCGUCAUUGAAUGUGCUGUUUAUUAUGAUCAGUGACUGGUCAAUCCUGGUGGACAGGCUGGUGAUGGAUAGAGCUAUUUUUAUUUGUGCUUGUUGAUUCCGUGAGAUGUUUGGUUUCCAAAAUCCCUACGAGCAUCCCAAAGUGCUGCUGCCCCCCAUUGCUUAAAUAAUGGUCAGAUUACUCUUGGUAAUCGGAUGUGUGCUGUAUAUAAUUCUCUGUGCCUGCAAAGCAGGUCUAGAGGUUUGACUGGUGGCUUGGAGGCCAUGUUGCAGUCACUGACUGCCUGCCAAUGGGAAGGCCAGAGGACUGUGACGUUUGAGGGAUGGGGGCUGCUCUACUUGGAAGUUCUGAUGGAUUACAGGAAAACUAUAAAUAUUGUUUCACAUUAGCUUUUUGGUCACAGGAUGGACAGUGUUUUUUUGCAGUAUAGUGGUUGGCUGUUGGUAUACGUCUUGCAUUUAAAAAAGAGUAACAGAUUACACUAUCCUCUCCAAGUGUUGUAAUUAAAAAUACUUGGUUGUUAAAUCCACACUAAAAGCAGGCUGUUCUACCACCAGGAUUGAAUCAAAGUGAGAAACAGAGUUUUGUAUUCUAUCUACGUGUGUUUUAUUUAACACUUUGGAAUAUUUUGUUGUAAUAAAGAAGUAUUUUCUAUUUAACAUUUAAGAAUAAAUGGAUACAAUUGAAAAGUAAGAUAUAUUAAUAUAGUACUUUCUCUUUUGUGUGUAUUUUGUUAUCAUUUUCCUAUUUCGUAUCUGAUCUGUACACCCUGUAGAUGUAUAUGAACCUUUCACUACUGAAAUGCAAUGACCUGUUUUCUGUGCUCCCCCAUGGGAAUGGGGACUUACUACUGCACUUUCUUAUUGUAUCAGAUUAUUUUUAAAGUUUGUAAUAAAACAAUUGCAAAAGUAAGCAUGGAAAAUAA